UAAGCUCCUCGUUCGAUGCUUCUCGCGGCUUUGAAGCGCUUGUCGCCCAGUCUCCUUUAUUACUUGCACGACUUUUCAAGUCUCCGUGGGUACCGGCAGCUCAGGUCGUGCCGUCUACGGAAUGUGUGCUCGCUCUGGGUACACAGACCCUGUUUGUUAACGAGCCGCCGUGCCACGCCUCUCUGGAAAUAUAAAGAGCCGACUCCCAGGGACUCGCACUUCACAGCUGCCAAAAUGAGAAACGUCGCGGUCACCCUGCUCUCCUACGUCGCCUGGCUCUGCCAAGCCGAGGACGCGUCUAAUGACGUUUCUGUAUUUAUGCCCAAUCAGUUGCAACAAGGAAGUUUUCCUGGUACAUCUGACCACACGGAGGCCACCCACAACCAAUCUAAAUCCAUGCUACUAGAAACAUUCUCCAUCAGUGGGUCCCUUGGAUCUGAGCCUAAAUACAACAACCAACAGGAGGCACAGGACUGGCAUAAGAGUGGCAAUGUGGUCCCCUUGCCACAGCCCAAUAAACUGAAAAAGGCAACCAAGAUCCACAGGUUUCCCACUGAGCACAACAGUGAGAAAAUCAGGAUUGAGACCCGGACAUUGGCUGCUGACACGAUCAAUACAAUCAAACAGUCCUUUGUGAGCAGCAACAACCGCACACAGAAGAGUGGGCACAGCAGCUUUCUCCCCACACCAGAUCUGGAACAAGACGUCCAGACAGCCGGUAGAACUUCGCGACUGCAGAGCCAAGUUCAACCCCAAGUGCAAAACAGAUAUAUGGAUCCUGAAGAGAACCGGCCAGGCAAGGCCAGCAUGUACCAUGUGGGAAGAAAUGGCACACGACAGUGGCAGGGCCUCAACCGACGGUCGUCCAGUCUGCUGCACCAACUUCACACUCUGAAGGAAGAGACAGAUGUAACAAAGGAAGCCAUCUGCUCCAGUGAGUGUGGAAAAGAGAAAGAAGAAAGAGAAUUGUUCUGCUCCAGUGAAUUCGCAGUCAAUGGCAUCGUACAUGAUGUGGACAUAAUUCGGCGUGGGAUUCGCCUUGUUACGUUGCUGGUAAAUAGCAAUGGAUUCUACAGAGCAAGUCCUCUCUAUGUCACACCUGAUGGCUUUUUCUUCAAGGUUCGCAUUUUGGUGUUGGAAACAUACAGAUGUGCCAAGCCUUGCCAUGACUUCAAACUAGGGAGCAGAUACAUAGUAAUGGGACACAUCUACCACCGGAGGCGCCAUCUUCCGAGCGAGCUGCCAAGAUUACUGGCUGGAAGGCUGAGGCCAGGGGAUGGUCUUGUUCGAAGCAGCAGCUACGUCAAGCGAUACAAUCGGAAGCGGGAACAAAGAAUGCAAGAUGUCUUACAACUCAAAUGCAAAUAAGAAAUCAUCAGGACAAUACAAUGCUCAAUAUAUACAUAGUAGGCAACUAGAAAUGACCAACUCCUGGACUUGAGGCUGCCACUCUACUAUAUUCAGCAGAGAGAGAUGUGUCACGCUUCAUAAUUUAUUACAGACUUUAAAGCAAGCAGCACAAAGUGACAGUUUAUUGCUGUAAAACAAGGAAAGGACUGGUCUUCUUAUUGGGACCCUAAGGCCGAUUACUCCUGUACAGUAUUUUGUAUUGUUUGUUAGGUUUGCAGAAUAUGGCUAGCAGCAGGAAUUCUAUUCAAGCACUUGUUUUGGGCAAUCCUGGAGGGCCACCGUGGCUACAGGUUUUCAUUCUAACCUUUUUCUUAAUUAGUGACAAGUUUUUGCUGCUGAUUAACUUAAUUGAAUUGCUAUUUAAGACUCAGCUCCUUUCAAUCAGGGAUGAGCAACGUUGAUCCUGGAAGACCGGUGUGGCUGCAGGGUUUUAUUCCAACCAAAUUGCUUGAAUUCACUUUUUAAAUUGAUCAUUACUACCAAUAAGAGGUUAAUAAGAAAGGAACCUGCAGAUAUUCACGUAAACUGUUUCCUUUAACCUGUAUGUACUCGUCGUGCACUUUUAACAGAAUAUUCAAAAGGAAACUGAAGAGAACCUGAAAAACUGAAAAUUAUUCAUUUGUUUUAGGCUUUGAAUCAUUUGGAUGAU